UUUUUAUCACUCGCUCAUUCCCCCCUCCUCGUCUCCUGUUCUGCCUCUGCUCGCCGGCCGGCCACCCCCCGCCCACACCCUCCUCCUCCUCCUCCUCCUGCGCGAGCGCUAGCAGUAGCAGCAAGUGCGUCGUCCUCCUUCCCCUGGUCUCUGCCUGCCUUCAGUCCUUCACGCGCUUGAGCUUGAGCUGGGCUGCCUCAGCGGUGUUCGUUCGUGGACAGCUGCUCUGCUACCGGCAAGGCGCAACCCCGGCCGUACGUCGCUGCAUGCCGCGGUAGAAAACCGAAGAGAGAUGGCGGCAGAGGCGCUGGGGUUCAUGGCGCGGGGAGCCAACGGCGGGAGGGCGGCGGAGCUCGUCACCAGGGACUUCCUCGGCGGGUGCGCCGGUUCCGACGACGCCAGGGACGCCGCGUCCGCCAGGAAUGACGCCGUGCCCGGGUGGGUGUCCCAACAGAAGCACGCGUGCCCGGCGACGCCGAGGGACCUCAACCUGUUCCCGGUCGCCGCCGCCGCCGCGUCCACGAAGCCCUGCGCCGUGACGACGGCCCCGGCUCCGGCGCCCGCGCCGAGCGCUGCGGCCUCCGCCUCCGCGGGCGGCGCCACAACGACGUACCACAGCGUGUGCACGAUCGAGAAGGUGAAGACGGCGCUGGAGCGGUUCGAGCGCGGCAAGCAGCAGCAGUCCCCCCAUCCGCACCAGCAGCAGCACAGCGGCGCGGGCGCGUCGCCGUCGUCGUCGUCCGUGACCACGUCCUCCGUGAAGCGCCGCGGCGGCGGCGGCGACAGCAGCGGCGGCGGGGUGGAGCAGGGCGACGGGUGCGACUCGCCCUCCGGCGGCGCGGGCGGCGGAGGGAUGGUGGCCGCGGCGUGCCCCAGGUGCUUCCUGUACGUGCUCAUCUCCCGGAGCGACCCGCGGUGCCCGCGCUGCGAGUCCCACGUCCCGGCCCCGCCGGCGCCGGCGCCGGCCGUCAGCAAGAAGCCGCGGAUCGACCUCAACGUCGGCUACCUCGGCACCUAGCUCGUUGUUAGGUGUUAGCCAUGGCGUAGCCUAGAUGGAUCGACCGGCUGCCGUCUCCUACCGUACUUACGUCGUAAAUUAGGGUCGUGUAAUGUGGUGAUCCACGGACCGAGUUGGGUAUAGGGUACAUAGGGGAGGCGCCAUUUUUGGGUCCGGAUCCCGUUUUAACUGAUGAAACAGAGAAAUGCAUGCCCUCACCCCUCGGUUCUGUCAGGAAAUUUAUGGCCGAUCAGACACCCCCCAUAAGAACAUGAAUGAUGAUGAUACUUGCUUCUGUUCCUGCUCCUGUAGAACCAAUCAAUCCUACUAUCACAAUUGAUGAUCAAA